UGCAGAGGAAAUUGCCUCUGCUGGUACUCGCUGUCAUCCUCUACUUGAUUGUCGUCUUCCUCUACGUGUGUUUUUCGGGCGGCCGUGGAAACAACAACGCAAGAGGAGGGCUUCGACGAGACGGGCGGCAGGCGAGCGUCUAAUGGCGGGCAUGCAGGCACGACAGGCUGCUGCCGCAGGUCAGGGAGGAGUUCGAUCUUUUGCGGCGGAGCCUCGAAGGCGGUACGACCCGUCCAUGUACACCCAUCUGGAGUCGUGGGAUACGCCAUUGCCCCCGUCGGACGAGGAGCCGGAGAAGGAAGAACUUUCGACGUUGCCUCUCGCUAGCGGCUCGACUCAGUUGUGGUCGCAGACGGUGCGAGCAGGCGGGUCGGCUCCCGACGGAGGGGGCGAGUUCAUGUCAUUGCUCCAUCAAGGCUUGCGGGACGACGACGGCGGAGGAGUUGAUCUGAGGUUCCAGUUGUGUUCUGGCGGCGGAAGGGAGGCGAGUCGCACGUUCAUCAUCGACGGAGAUCGUUCGGCACGUGGCAUUGAGCAUGGUCGAAGUCUGCAUAUGGAGCAGUCCACACUUCGUCACGCUGCACCCGUGACUUGCGCGGUCGGGCCAUCACCAGCGGGACGGCAGCAUGGAUCGACUGCUCCAGCGCCGGUACGUCCACGAUCCACUGUGGAGAACAUAACACGUGCAGUGUCGAACAUGCGGGCACACAGCGAUGCAGGCGAAGACGACGUUGGCUUCGGUGACGACGCAGACGAAGGGAUGAGGGAAGACGUGGAAGCGGGGGAUGACGACGACGACGUUCCAAUUCGGCCUUUGGGGAAGACGGUUGGGAGGGGGAAAGGACGCGGCAGAGGUGGUGUCCGUGGUCGAUCCGUUGGCCGAGGAGGCAGAGGCGGUGACGCUGGCGACUGCAUGAAGAAGUGGGACAAUCUGUUCCAGAACUACAAGAAAAUCCAGAGGUUUCAGAAUGCCAGCGGGCGGCCAGAUUUUUUCAGGCUGACGAACGAAGAGAGGAAGGAGCACAACUUCAAGUUCCACAGGGCGCUGUACAACGAGAUCCAUGCAGGCAUGGUGGGGAACCACACAAUUUUCCCUCCCAACGUUGCCGACACCGGCAGUCCGGAUGGGGUGCAGCUGCCCAGGCGAGGAGCGGGUGGCGGGGAGUCUGUUUGUAGUGAGGCGGCCGGUGAAGGCUGCCCUGACGAGCGUUCUUCUGCGAGGGAGUCCGACAGCAACGCAGGCAGCGGGGCGGGAGGCGGGAAGCGGAGGAACGCGCGUCAGCAUGCAUUCGAGACCAUCUCUGAUGUCAUGGAACGCCAUGGCGCACUGAUGUCGUCGACGAUCGAAUCGUCUAGCAAGCGGCAAUGCAGCAUCUCCAUGAGGCAAUGCAACAUAUUGGAGCAGGAAGUUGCCGUCCAAAAAGCGCACUAUGCGUCGUCCGAUGAGACGCAGAGGAUGAUGUGCCAAGCACUGUUCGAGAUGGCUGCCGCCAUCCGUGGUCGGUCGGCCAUCCGAGCGCUACACCGAGAUCGCUUGUGGGGGUCCCCAGCAAGCAUGUCUGCGCGAUUGAACGCCCGUGGCAAGAAACGCGACGUCGCGCUUGACAAAACCCAAGCCCAGGGGAAAAGUCGUCGGCACGUCCCGAAGGCGAAGAGGCUGCGUUUGGAUGAUGCGUCAGCAAGCCUGACGCGUCGUGGUGCGCGAGGUUGGUCGCAGCCGGCGGAAGAGGACAACGACGAUGAUUUCAUGACGGAGGACGAUCAAGGCGAGGCGACGGCGUCUGCAGGACGGGAGAGUGCCAGGCAGCGUACUCCGGAUCAGAGCGCUUCGAAGAGGAUGUCAACCCCUCCGCCGGAGGCGCAGCAGCUGCGUGUCCGCGAAACGUGGAAAGAGAAGGGUGUUGUGGUGGACCUUGGCGGCGAAGACAAAGAGCCUUUGGAGAGACGUCGCCUUCGCAUUGCGACACAAGCGACCACAGCGGCGGUGUCGACGGCUCGCGCUGCGGACGACGAAAGGCCGAUCACACGUGCAGUGCCCUGCACGCCGUCUCAGCUGCGUCAGCGCAACGACGGUGGUGACGGUGCGUCUCGCCAACGAGGUGGUGGUGGGGGAGUCGUGGCAGACGCGCGUGCAGCAGGAGGGGAGGCGGCAGGUGGUGCGGGUGUGGCUGAUGCAGGUGUUGUCCCUCCCGUUCCGGCGGCGAGAGAGGAGGCUGCAGUUCCGGCGACGGUGAGAGAGGAGGGUCGUGGACAGAACACGAACCAACGCGAUGGCGGCGAGGCAGGUUCAAGCCGGGCAUGCAGAGGAGUAAUGACGAAUGAACUUAUCGACCGUGCGCUUCUUUGGGUGGAUGACAAAUCUUUCUGGACGAAGGGUGAAGGACGCAGACUCUAUAACAUCGUCCACGAAACCAAAGAGUACUUUGUCGCCAUCGCCAGCGGGCUUCCGCCACCUCAACUUCCGCGGAGCUCCACCGUCAUCAGCAUCGCGCAUUCGUUCCGCGCGGCGGUGCAAAUGGGCGCUCACAUCGACGACGAUUUCAUCUCCUACGAGCGUCUGUGUCGGGUGGCUGACUGCUUCAAGCUGUUGCUGGCGGCGUCCAUGUGGAUUAUGCACAUGGCGGGAGACGAUCCGCGCAGUCACUACGAAGCGUUUUACUUUGCGGAUCUCGUCGCCAGGCCGACACUAAUCGCCUCCAUGCAUCGGUCCUUCGAUCAUCGACGAUCCGUCGUCCGCGCCGCGAACGUCGUCACGGAGAGGCUUGGGAAGGCGAAAGUCACGCUCGGAGUGUACCCCGACUACAUCUUGAUUGGGCACCAUGCGACAUCGGAUUUGCGCACGACGCAACCAUCAAGGGGCCAGAGGAUGCGAAGAAGCUGGAUUGGUUGGGUUCGGGCCCCGCCGAUGAUGACAUCAAAGGCGAAGGAAAAGACAACGCAUAAGGCAGGCUGGUAUGCGGGGGGAGAGCGGGGAGACAACGCUUCUAAGAAUGAAGGCGGAUGUAUGGGUGGCGAGACGUGACGGGUUGUCGUGUGAUUGGAGUGUGUGUCCUUGUCUGUGUUUCACUUCUUCUUGUUCUUCGUAUUGGCUUCACGACAUGCAAUAGACAUGCGAUAAUCACGGAUUGAGAGAAUGCAUGACGGGAUCGUAUAGAAGCUUGUUGUACAUGUCAUCCCACCACAACAGCACACGAAACCGGUUAUGGAAACGGAAAUGAAGAUAUGCACCGAAA